AUGGCGCUUCCGCCCGUCCUGCCACACGGCGCGCGGCCCGCGGCCCUGCGCCGCUACUACCCGCAGCUGUCGGGGCGCGCGACUGGCGAUAAGGUGCACGUGGUGCAGGUUGGGAGCAUGAACGGGUCGCUGGCGUUUUAUCCCGAGAACCUGCAGGCCGAGGUGGGCGACUACGUGCAGUUCCAGUUCAACCCGAAGAACCACUCAGUAGUGCAGUCGACGUUCUCGGCCCCCUGCGUGCCUAUGAAAAACGUCAUGCCCAACGCCACCAACGCCUUCUACUCUGGCUUCAUGCCCGCGACGGCCGCGGCCGCCAACAGCUCCAAACUCACCUACACGGUCAAGGUCAUGGACAAGAACCCCAUGUGGUACUACUGCAGCCAGGGCAUGCACUGCCAGGCCGGCAUGGUCGGCGCCAUCAACGCACCCACCUCCGGCGACAAGACCCUCCAAGCAUACAAGCAGCUCGCCGGCGCCGCGCCGCAGAACAUGUCGCCCGGCGACAUCGCGACGGCGACGGACCCGGGCGCGACGCCCGCUGCUGUCGGCGCGGCGGGAGCUUCCACGCCCGGCGCCUCGACGCCCAACGCCGCGGCGCUGGGGACCCCCGGCGCGGGCGGCGCAAACGCCCCUGCUGCUGCGGGUGGGGCGGCGGGGUUGGUCAACCCUUUUGCUGUGGGGGUUUGGCAGACUGUGUGCGCUGUUGGGGCGCUGGCCGUGGGGGUCGUGGUUGCGUUGUAG